AUGUCGGGAGUGCGCGCUAGUCGCGUACCUAAACGCCUGCGAGCUCACCGUAUGAAGAGUCGAUCAGUGCUGAGAAUGAUGGCAAUAAUGCAGGACAGGAAUAGUGAGGAGGUGCCCCGCGAGUUCCUCGAGACUGGACGGACAGGGCGGCGGAACGCUAUGCCUGAUAUCCUCCACCCACAAGGCGCAGAAGUGACAACGGCAGAUCUGCCUUCAAGGUUGCAACAGCUGGUCACUACUGAUCCAGAGAAUCCGCAGCCAAGCACUUCAAAAACUGAUCUCGAGUCUGUUAAAGACGACGACGAAUCAAGUAAAAAGGAUAGCUGCAGUUGA